AUUCAUCUAUUUAAAACAUUCAGCCUUAGUGGCUUCCGUCUGUCUGAUGCGCGUACACUAGAGGAGCAUAAACACUAACUGUUCUUCUUCAUGUCUAUUUUAAAAGCUUACACCCUCCGCUAAGUCAUGGCAGCUAACGACGAUAUAGAGGAAAUUUCUGCUGAGAAUUCUGUUUAUUCACCGGCUUCGACCUCACCAAUGGGUAGCAGAUGCAGACUUGUGUUUGAUAGACUAUGGGCUUUUACCUCUUCUUGGAAGAGAAGCGGCGCACCGCGUGGUCGAAGAAUUUUCCACAGAGAUGUCGAGAAAGAAGAAUUCCAGUAUGCUAGUACUCAAUGCCUCUCUUCUUACUACAGUGUGUUCGUGGUUCGCCUAGCAAUCAUGGUCAUGCUAGCCAUCUUGAUUGGGCUGCUCACUAUAUUAACAUGGCAUUUCACGAAGAGUUAUACGGCAAAAUCACUUGAUAACUUAGCAUAUGGGCUUCGUUAUGAAUUACUGCAACGUCCCAUCUUACGGAUGUGGAAUAUUUUGAAUUCUACUGCUGAAAUUACAAAAGCUCAGGUUGAGCUGUCUGAAUAUGUAAUCAGACGAUACAGCAACCCCGCCAAUCAAGCAGAACAAGUUGAGCAGCUGUACGAAGCUAUGAGGUCUGUAACCUGGGCCCUCUUUUCCAGUCGCAAGGCACUCAAUUCAAUAACGAUCAAUUACAGGAAUGGCUUUGUUCAGGCAUUCCACAGAGAUCUUAAGGAUAACAAUACAUUUUACAUCUACUCUGAUCUUGCAAACUACUCUAUAGGUGCCAGUGCCGCUAAUGAGAUGAAAUCACUCUCAACACAUCAAGCUUGGAACGAUGAAGCCAUUCGUGGUAACAGUUCUGCAAAUUGGUAUCGUGAACCACUUGACCCUCUUAGUGGUGAGAAGAUUGGAAAAGCUAAGAAGAUUGCACCAGAAGACUUGAUUAAUAUUGCUGGCCUUUCUCAAGUCCCUGAUGGGGCAGCUUCAUGGCAUGUUGCUGUGAGCAAGUUUACGGAUUCACCAUUGCUUUCUGCGGCGCUGCCAGUUUGGGACUCUUCUAAUAAGAGCAUUGUGGCAGUUGUGGGUGUCACUACCGCACUUUAUAGUGUUGGGCAGCUAAUGAAAGAACUAGUUGAAUUUCAUAGUGGUUAUAUCUAUUUGACCUCCCUAGAGGGUUACUUACUUGCCACUUCCACUAAUGCUCCACUGCUGACAUACUCAAAGCCUCUCAAGCUUAAGAUGGCUGUUGAUUGUGAAGAUGAUGUGAUACGAUUGGGAGCCCAGUGGCUAAAGAGAACCUAUGGGAAGAAUUUUCCUCCAAGUCAUGGGGUUCACGUCGAGAAUGUUGAGCUAGGUCGUCAGCAAUAUUACAUCGACUCAUUCUUUCUAAAUUUGAAGAGGCUUCCUCUGGUGGGUGUUAUCAUUAUUCCAAGAAAGUAUAUUAUGGGGAAGGUUGAUCAAAGAGCCUUCAAAACAUUGGUUAUUCUGAUAUCUGCAUCGUUGUGUAUUCUAGUCAUUGGAUGUGUUUGCAUUUUAAUUCUGACAAACGGGGUAUCAAAGGAAAUGAAACUAAGAGCAGAACUAAUCAGUCAUCUGGAAGCAAGAAGGAAGGCAGAGGCAUCAAGCAACUAUAAAAGUCAGUUUCUUGCAAACAUGAGUCAUGAAUUGAGGACACCUAUGGCAGCAGUGAUUGGGUUGCUUGACAUUCUUAUAUCUGAUGAUUGUCUUACAAAUGAACAAUAUGCAACAGUUUCUCAGAUCAGAAAAUGCUCAACUGCCUUACUCCGUCUUCUUAACAACAUAUUGGAUCUCAGCAAGGUGGAAUCUGGAAAAUUGGUGUUAGAAAAUGCAGAAUUUGACUUGGGACGGGAACUUGAAGGGCUUGUAGAUAUGUUUUCUGUGCAAUGCAUUAACCACAACGUAGAGACUGUUUUGGACCUAUCAGAUGAUAUGCCAAAGGUAGUUCAAGGUGAUUCUGCUAGGGUUGUUCAAAUUUUCGCAAAUUUGAUCAACAAUUCAAUUAAGUUUACUCCAUCUGGUCACAUUAUUCUUCGAGGAUGGUGCGAGAACCCAAAUUGUUCCAGUGAUAGCCCAAUUCUUCCUCUUAAUCAGAAGUCCCGGACUCCACAAAAGACCAGAAUGAAGCAACAAGAAAACCAUGCAAAGAAGGCAUCUAAAAAAGACAGCCAAAUAAUUCUUUGGUUUGAAGUAGAUGACACAGGCUGUGGUAUUGAUCCAAGUAAAUGGGAUUCUGUGUUUGAAAGCUUUGAGCAAGCAGAUCCAUCAACCACCAGGCUGCAUGGAGGCACCGGUCUUGGGCUUUGCAUUGUGAGAACCUUGGUCAAUAAAAUGGGUGGAGAAAUCAAGGUUGUCAAAAAGGAAGGCCCAGGAACCUUAAUGCGGUUGUACCUGCUUCUCACUACACCCAUGGAUGCCACAGAACAACAUUGUCAAAUAGGUUAUGCGGAGAGUGGCUUAGUGGUAUUGCUUGCACUACAUGGAGACACGAGUCGGUCUAUCACAUCUAGUUGGUUACAGAAAAAUGGGGUUUGCACUCUGCAGGCAUCUGAAUGGAAUGAACUGACACAAAUUCUUAGGGAACUCUUCCAUGCAAGUUCAGUCCAAAAUAAUGGCUUUGAUGCACAUUAUGCAGUAAAUAAGAGUUGGAAGUCCAAAUUACUCAACAUAGAAGAAAUGAGGAACCCAGCAUUUGUCAUUAUAGUGGACAUAGGGCUGCUUGAUUUGAGCACAGAUAUAUGGAAGGAACAGCUCAACUUCCUUCACAAGUACUUUGGGAGAACAAAGUUCGCAUGGGUGCUAAGUCACGAUACCUCUAAUACCAUAAAGAUGGAGCUUCGCAGGAUGGGGCAUAUAUUGAUGGUCAACAAGCCCCUCUACAAAACCAAAAUGUUUCAUAUUCUGGAAGCUGUCAUAAAGGAGAGAAAUAUUGAGCUGCAAAAGAAAAUUUUGACUGCUUCGAGAACCACAACGAAAGAGGAUGAUGCACACGAGUUUCUGGAGAUUGAUUCUACUCAUUUUGAUGGUGUUAGCUCUGAUGGUUCUGACAUAUCCGAAAACGGUGCUUCUAAUAGUGCCAAUGUUGCUAAACAAAGGGAAAAAAUUGUAAAAUCCCAUCCACCAUCACAGUACAACAUAAACAACUGCUUAGUUGGAUUAGCCAAUGAAUAUGCGGAAGAUAACAUUUCAAGGAAAGAAGAAUCAUGUCAGAGCAGCCCCAGCUGCCGUGACAUCCUGGAAGACAUGGAACCAAAAUUACAAGGACCCUUUCCAACAGAAGCUCAAGGAAAAGAUUCUGAUUCUGUGAAAACAUUUAGUGUCACUUGCUCAAGUAAAACUGUUAAUGGAAAGAAAUCUCUUGAAGGUUUAAGGAUAUUGCUUGCAGAAGACACUCCAGUGCUUCAAAGAGUUGCAACCAUAAUGUUGGAAAAAAUGGGAGCUACAGUUGUUGCUGUAGGUGAUGGACAGCAGGCUGUGGAUGCUCUGAAUUGCAUGCUCGGCGCUGAAGAUAGUAGAAGGGAGUCUCUAAUGAAGGAGAGAAGCACAAUAUCUCAAACAGAAAUUUUCAGUUGUACGCCUUAUGACUUGAUUCUAAUGGAUUGUCAGAUGCCGAAGAUGGAUGGUUAUGAAGCCACGAAAGCAAUCAGGAAAUCAGAAGCAGGAACUGGCUCGCACAUUCCCAUAGUUGCUCUUACAGCCCAUGCAAUGUCAUGUGAUGAAGCUAAGUGCCUGGAGGUGGGCAUGGAUGCUUAUUUAACAAAGCCAAUUGACUUCAAGCUAAUGGUGUCCACCAUUCUUUCACUCACUAGAACAACAUCCUGACUUCUCACCUUGUGCCCAAGUUAACCAAGGAUUUGCUUAGGCUGCUGCAUAGAGAUGUAAUGUGUUUUACCGCUUGGUAGCAUUGAUUAACAUGUAUAUUAUAGAAACAUAUUGGUCCAGGGCUCCUGUGACUUCACUCACUCUUUUAGAAAUUAAUAUUGGAGUGUAAAUGUUCUAUUGCUCUCA